AUGGGGAAGAACACGUGGGGCUGGGUCCAAUUACUCCUCAUCACCUGCAACCUGACGUCAGCCAUGGCUCACGAGGACAAUCUUCCAGUGAAUGUUGGUUUCGUUCCUUUGAAUGAGUUAUUACUUGUUUACCGAAGGAAAAAAUGUUUAAGUCGAGGGUUUUAGAGGUUACGGGAAUCGGCACAACUUCUUUUGGACUUUCACAAAUGGUGGACAAAGGCGGCUGAGGAGUUGAAAAACACGGUCAAUGAGACUUCCUUUAAGAUCGGUAUGUGAUUAUGUUGCUACAUGAAGUAUUUGCUUAGAUAACCUGGUUCGAGACACUUCGGAACUCAUAAAAUCGGAGCUAAAAAGCUUGAAAGUGGAUGACAUUGAUAAUUCUACCGACGUUUCUGACUUUCUCAAAGAAUUUAGCAACGGUUUAGAACUUGGAAGUUAA